AUGCCACGAAAGCCAUACCCCACACCGCUGGUCAUUCAACCACUGAGCAAAGACCAUACUCAUACGAUCAUCUCACUUCAUGGACGAGGAAGUAAUUCAGAGCGAUAUGGCCGUGAAUUACUUGAAUCUGCCAGCCUCCAGUCGCGACUGCCCACCGUCAAAUUCGUUUUUCCGACCGCGUCUAAGCUGCGCUCAACAGUACUUAAGAAGAUUCCCAUAAACCAGUGGUACGAUAACUACUCCCUCGAGGAUCCUGGCCAAAGAACAGACCUUCAAAUCGAGGGGUUAUGUGAAACAGCCGAGUUUAUUCGCGGCUUAAUCGACCAAGAGGCCUGGGCUUUGGGAGAAGGGGGAUACAAAAAAGACAUUUUGUGGGGGCUCAGCCAGGGUUGCGCUGCGGGUAUUUUCACUCUUUUGGGUGGCUGGCCGGAUAUGAACGAAGAGAAGUCUCUUGGUGCAUUUAUCGGAUUGAGUGGGUGGCUGCCAUUCGAACAGCAGUUAUACGAAAUCCUCGGAAAUGAUGAUAAAACGACACCGGUGGGGGAUAGCCAUCAUGAAGAAUACUUAAAUGAUGGCUACAUGGAAGACGAAGAUUCAACCAACGACGAUUCAAGUAGUGACGAGGAGUCUGAUUUUAGUGAAGCUCAUGAGUCAGACUUGGGAGAAGAUUCAUUCCAGCAGCCCAUACCGCCCCAGGACGACUUUGAUCCUUUUUUAAAUGAAGAUGAAGAUGGAGUACCCUACCCAUUCAAGCCAUUGAGCAUGUCCGCGAUAUUCUUGAUCUACCAGUGGCCUCAACAGACAAACGAUUCUCAGAGGGUGGUCAACUCAUUUCAAAUCCAUGUCAGCUACAAACGCCCGUGUUUCUUGGCCAUGGGGCAGAAGAUCCCAAGGUUUCCGUUCACUUGGGCGAGAAAAAUAUAUCGAUUUCUUUCGAAUGGCUUUGGGAUGAAUGUGACCUGGAAGGCGUAUGAGGGACUUGGUCAUUGGUAUCGUGUGAAUGAUGAAAUUGAGGACAUUUUGAUAUUUCUUGAAAGCCAUGUCAAGGUACCGUUGGAAGAAGCUCCGCUUGUGCGUGGCAUCUGA